GCACGCAAAGAACGGGAAAAUGUUGGCGCUGCGACGAUCUCGCUGCCCACGUGGGAUCAGUGAAUAUUGGUCCCCACAAAUAACAUCACAUGAUGGAAGGAGGAGUGUAUGCAAUACUACAUCAUCUAUCCCAUUCGGAGAAGAAUGCAUCGCCAGUCGCCACCCUAGCUAGCCUGCCCCCGCGAGACCAAUAAUUGAACUAGAAACCACCAGCCGGCCGGCCGGCGGAGAGAGCGAUGGCUGAGCUCGCGGCGGGCGCCGUGAGCUCACUGCUGGGCGUCAUCCGCAACGAGGCGCUGCUGCUGCGCGGCGUCCGGGACGACGUCCAGUUCAUCAAGGAGGAGAUGGAGAGCAUGAAGAGCUUCCUGGCGCACUUGGCGAGGUGGGCGCCCCCCGGCGGCGACCAUGAUGAGCAGGUGCGCACGUGGAUGAACCAGGUGCGGCUGCUCGCCCAGGACUGCAACAACUGCAUCGACCUCUACCUGUACCGUAGGAACCCGGAUAUCCACCGCACCAGGGGCGGACUCCGACGCUACCUCUGGUGGGUUUCCUGGUUCCUGCACAAGUUGGUCGCGCAGCACCGCGCGGCCGUCCAUCUUCGCCAGCUCAAGGACCGGGCGCGCGACGUCGGCGAGCGGCGGUUGAGGUACGGCGUGGAGGUACCGGCGAAGUCGGUGGCGGGGCAAUCGUCGUCGGUGGCGUGGCAAUCGUCGUCGGCGCGGGCUGCUGCACCAGGUGGCUAUGCCGCUGGAGACGACGAAGAAGACGGUGACGAUCAACUCGUGGUGGCGACGGCGACCGAUCAUUCUGGUCCAAGAGCCUUCAUUCGGCCUCGCACUCUGGAUGACUACGUCGAGGCAAAGCUAUUGGAGUGGUACGAAGUAUUUCCUGCUAACGCCGAGGAGUCUAUGUCCAUCGUCAUUAUGGCACCGGAUACUUACUGCGACGGCGUCCUCGCUCUUGCACAUGAAACUUUGGUUUUCCCACCCGGCGGGUUCUUCGACAAUCGCGGCGGCUACCAUCGCGUUGUCAUGGUCGACAUCCCGGCAGUGCACCACUAUUUUUUACCGCUAAGAGCCGAGGAAGUUCUCUACUACAUCCUGCGCUGUUCCAUCAUGCGCGAGCUUGAGCUCGAGCAUUCCAAAUCCCAAACCCAGGAGCAAGGCACAGAUCAAGGCGAAGGGGAGGAGGAGGAUCUUGAUUCUUGGCAAGUUUACCGCAGAAAAUGUGUUAUUUACAAGGAAAAAAAGAGGGCUAUUCAUAAAAUCAAGGUGAAUAUUGAAGAGAUGAAGAUUUACGAAAAGCUUGACAAGAUCAGGAGUGAUAUUCGAGUUCGACCACAGAAACUCGACCAGCUGCUUCAGCUGUACCUUGAACAAAAGAAGGGCUUGGAUCAGCUGGACCUAGACGUACUCCUUCAGCUGCUGCUCCAAUCAGCUGCGUCUCAGCAUGACCAAGUGAAGAACAAAGACAUGCAUAAAUUGCCAGCGUGGGACGACAACAUCAUCGCAAAAAUUGCCAAGAAGCUUGAGGAGCAUAUGGAAGCAGACGAAAAGGCCAAAAAGCUUAAAGAGCAAAUAGGAGUAGAAGAAAAAGAAGAAACAGCUAAGCAUAUGAAGGAGGAAGAAGGAGAAGGAGGAGAAAGGGCCGAAGGAGAAGGGGCAGGAGGAGAAGAAGAAAUAGCUAAGCAUAUGGAGGAGGAAGAAGGAGAAGAAAAAACAGCUAAGCAUAUGGAAGAAGAAGAAGAAACAGCUAAGCAUAUGGACGAGGAAGGAGGAGGAGGAGGAGAAGAAACAGUUAAGCAUAUGGAGAAGGAAGGGGAAGGCGCAGGAGAAGUAAAAGAAGAAGAAACAGUUAAGCAUAUGGAGGAGGAGGAGGGAGAAGGAGCAGGAGAAGGAGAAGAAGAAGAAAAAGAAGAAACAACUAAGCAUAUGGAGAAGGAAGAAGGAGCAAGAGAAGGAGGAGGAGGAGAAGAAGAAAAAGAAGAAAUAGCUAAGCAUAUGGAGGAGGAAGAAGGAGGAAGAGGAGAAGGAGAAGAAAAAGAAGAAACAGCUGAGCAUAUGAAGAAGGAAGAAGGAGGAGGAGGAGGAGAAAAAGAAAAAACAGCUAAGCAUAUGGAGGAGGAGAAAGGAGAAGGAGGAGGAGGAGAAGAAGAAAAAGCUAAGCAUAUGGAGGAGGAAGAAGAAGAAGGAGAAGAAAAAAAAGAAACAUCUAAGUAUAUGGAGGAGGAAGAAGGAGAAGGAGCAAGAGAAGAAGGAGAAGAAGAAGAAAAAGAAGAAGAAAUAGCUAAGCAUAUGGAGGAGAAAGAAGGAGAAGGAGAAAAAGCGGAGGAGGAGGAAGUCGCAAAGAAGCAGAAAACCCCGAUUCGUCUCCAUGAAACCCAAUAUGUACACAUUCUACGGGAAGUGUUCCCGAAGACCAGCAGCAGCAAGCCCCUACGGGUCCAGCAACAAGACAGAUCGUUGACCAAGCAAGCUACAAUGGCCACAACGACUACAUUGGGUGAAGAUCAAAUCAAACAAAUGAUCCACGACGCAAAGCAAGAGAUCUUACGUGAGCUGCAGGAAGGCAAAUAUGAGAAUAAUCAAGCGACAGGUGAACCUGGUGUACCGGGUCAAAACCCAGAAGCUGUUUUUGAAGAAAUCGAGCAGAAGAUGGAAAAACUCAAGCAGGAGUUUAAAGAGCAGCUGAAAAUCAAAGGGCUCGUGGAUGAGAUUAAACAUCACUUGAAGGAUGACUGUCCCCUGAUUAUCCUCAAAGUUGAUGAGAUGAUGGAUGUAUCCAGAUGGGAGGAUAUCAGAAAUGCUUUGAGCCUGUUAAAAUGCAGCGCCGAUUUACUGAUCGUCACCACCACAAAGGGCACCCAGCAGGCUAAAGAAUAUUGCUAUCCACGGCGGGAACCUAUAGACUAUUCUCUUGCUGGCCUCUACCAUGAUACCGUGCUCGAGCUUACUAGCCAGCAGAAGAAUGAAGACAACUACAACCCCCAGAUUUUUCGCGACAUCUUGGAGGAGUGUGAGCCACAUGAAUUCUGCAUGAAGAUCUUCACUCAUGCUUUGCAUGCUAACCCCAAGAGGAGCAAUGAAGAGUUACUCAAGCUGCACAGCACCCUGCAGGCUUUGCCAAAAUCAUUCAACAUCAUUGCGAAUAAGAUGUUCAAGUUCUCUUACAAUGAUCUGCCUAAAGAAUACAAGUCCUGCUUGCUGUACCUAGCUAUCUUCCCUCCGGGCCACAAGAUUAGGCGGUCAACCUUGAUUGGACGGUGGGUUACAGAAGGGCUGACAUUCAAGGAAGAUUGGCCCAGUUCUGUGCGUCAGGCCAACCGAUGUUUUGACGCCCUUAUCCACCGGCGGCUUGUUUAUCCUGCUGAUGUUGGUGCCACAGGAAAGGUCAAGAGCUGCGUGGUAGAUGAUCCAGUUCAUGGAUUCAUUUCUACGAUCGCCAGAAAACAACACAUCGUGGAGACACGCCUGUCACGUCACUUGGCUCGCCACUUCUCCAUUUUCAAUGAUCUCCAACUCCGCAGCUCUGAUAAAAUCGACAAAUUCUUCCAAAGGCUCUCUGAAUCACCCCGGGUAUCCCUGCUCAAGGUGCUAGAUCUAGAAGGUUGUCAGUGCUUUGGUAGGAAGAACCAGCGCUACCUCAAGGACAUCUGCAGCAAGAUGUUACUGCUCAAGUAUCUGAGCCUAAGAGGAACAAAUAUGACCCAACUGCCCAAUGAAAUCAACUACCUCCGUGAGCUAGAGGUAUUGGAUAUCCGACAAACCAAGGUGCCUGCAUAUGCAACAGUAAAUGUCCUGCUUUUGAAGCUGAAGCGUCUGCUUGCCGGUCACAUUGAUACGAGUCCAAGUAAUUCUGACACCGUCCGUAGUGUCCAGAUUCCUCACAGAAUCGGCAAAAUGGUAAACAUAGAGGUACUAUCUAAUGUCAAGGCCCGGAAUAGAGAAGAUUUGAAAGAUAUUGGAAAGCUAUGGCAGCUGAGGAAGCUAGGUGUGGUUAUCGACGACAAGAAUAGUCACCUCAGGGAUUUGCUUCAAACGAUCGGUGAUCUACAUGAGUGCCUCCGUUCUCUGUCAAUUACUCUUUCCACAGCCAGACGCGAGGGUACUCCUUCCAGCGAAGAGCUACCAGCUGAUAUUGGCUCUCACCUACCACACCAUCCCAAGCUUCUUGAGAGUCUAAGCAUCAGUGGAACCACACUGAAGGUGCAUCUUCUUCCCUUGUUCACCAACUAUGGUAAUAACAAACUUGUCAAGGUAACUCUAAGUAGCACCCCGCUGAACCAAGAUGAUCUGAAUGUCCUCGCCAAGCUGCCCAAGUUACGGAGUGUCAGGCUCCGACACAUUACAUGCACCGAGAGCAUGCUCACCUUCAAGGAGGAUGAAUUCAAAUAUCUCAAGUACCUUCUUGUUGAGGACUCGAACUUGACUAAUAUCACCUUUGAGCAUAGAGCAGCCCGUGAGCUCGAGAAGAUGAUUUUGUCUUCCACCAGCGUAGGGUCUAUUUCUGGAGUUGACAAGCUUCCAAUAUUGGAAGAGGUCGAGUUGAACAACAGCGGCGGCAGGUUGCUAUCAUCAUUUGACAGUGCCAAACAAAUAGCCAAGCUAACUCUUCAUGGUACAUCGCUGGAGCAAGAUCAUCUACAAAUCCUCGCCAAGAAACCAAAUAUGCGCUGCCUAGUGCUCAAGUCUUGUGACGUAAGCCAGAACCAGAUUACCUUAAAGAAAAAUGAGUUCCCAAAGCUCAACCUUCUUAUUGUUGACUGCUCUGCCAUCACCGAGAUCGUCUUCACCAGCGGAUCUGCUCCUAAGCUCGAGAAGAUCGUCUGGUCAUCAUUCACGUCUCUCUGUGGCAUCGACAACCUUCCCAGAUUAAAGGAGCUCGAGUUCAACGGUGACCAUGUCCCUAAUGAAGUGAAAGAAGCCAUUAAAAAACAUAAAAACAAACCUAAUCUUAAACAUAAUGCACCAGAUACUCAAGACCAAGCAAAAGGAGAUGAAUCUGCAAGAUUCCCGUUCCUCAGGAAGAAACAGGUUUGACGCUGGAGGAGCGUCUCCUUUGAUCCCAUGGUGUAGUUUGUGUGUGGCUGUGUGCUCGUGUGGAUUGCCAUCUGUUCUGCAAGCUGCCUAUUAAUUUCUAUCUGUUGCGCAUGCGCGUGUGCUUAUGUUUUGCAUGUGUUUUGACUGUGUCCGGUUACUUGCUCUACAUGAGUGCUUUGUGAUUGUGGUUGAGCAUAAUGGCUGUGUCUAUGCUCACGGAUUUGGAUUUGUGUGGUUUUCCUCUGUAUCGAACAUCAUGCAUGGUUUUAUGUAAUAAGUGCGACAUUUUUGCGCACAUUUGACUUCUUAUUAAUGUAAC